AGGAAUGGGGAAUGAUUUGUUCGCAGUCAGUGAUGAAGGAGGGCCGUGUGUGGACCAGCUUCCUGCACACACCAAGUGGAUGACAGCAGUAGACAGAAAUGCCGUCGAGAGCAACGAAAACGUGACAGUACAGUGUGUUGAUUGGGACCCAUCGUAACCCAUCAUGUAUAUAUUUUCGAGAGUUUGUAUUUUUUCUUUCAUGCAGUAUCUGUGUCUUUAGAAAAUAUUUAGAGGUCAGUUGUUUGCAAAAGUUCAGUUGUUCUUGUGUAAAUUAUUUUAUUAGGUAAUGCAAUAAAUUGUUAUACAUUAGAUUAUAGUAUAUUUAAGAAUAUUACUUCGUUUAGCAUAUCUACAAUUUCAGACUUUAAGUGAUGAUUUAUCAGUUAUGAACACGCACAGAAAAAAUUAACUAAACUGUACCAAAGCUUGAUAAAAAACUGAAAUUGAUAGCUUUGAUCAUUUGACAUAAACGUGGGAAAUGAACGUAAACAAUUCACACCACUCCAUCUCCCCAAAUUUAUUAAAAUCUCUACGGUAAUUGUGAAUGGAAUGUUGGAGCGCCGUUAAAAUGUAACCACUUGCUUCGCUCUUAAAUUCGGGACAUGUGAGAUAAGGCCUUGGUUAUGUCUUGAACACAAUUUUCAAAUGUUCUUUUAAGUUUUCGGUUCUUCUUCGGCUAUUGUCUAAAAUCGCAAUUUGAGAGAAUUUAGUACAGGAAGCGAAACUGUAUAAGCGAGUACUGAAUGUCCGUGAUGAAAAAUUUAUUUUUUCUGUUAUUGCAGAUUUCUAGUAAAUUCGAUUAUUUAUGUUAAGAAGAGUACUUAAAAUAAUAUUUGUACUUAAUGAUAUGCAGAGGUAAUAAGUCAUGUUAUAACUAAAGAGGCCUAUGUGUGAACAUAUGGGAAAUAGAGUAUAAAGUAAUAUUAUUUUUUAUGAAAUGUUACCACAACAGUAUUCAGUCUUCGCGUAAAACCUGGAAUGAUAUGUUUGCUAGAUUUAAAAAAUACGGCAGUAUAGCUCGAAAUGCUAUAAUCAUCCAUGGACACAACUUAAUCUAAUGAUAUAUAAGCAUAGUGUGUGUAUAAGAAAACUUCAGCCAUUGUGUGACUGAUCAAUUAUAUAAUUUUUUAUUUGCCUUAUAUGAAUGGUUGUCUCUCAUCAUGCUAUGUGGGUUUGUGUAAUUAUAUUUAUUGGUAUUUUGUUUACCCUACUUGUAAUCUUAUUGGAUGGAUGAUGAAAGUUGAAUAUUAUGAUGGCAAGCUGAUUAUAUCUAAUAUAUUUCAUCUCGUAAGUUAAUAGAAAAGAUUAUGGGAUUCAUAGUCUUUAGAUAAUGGAAUGUGUAACCUUUGAGUAAUGCAUCUUUCAUUUUUGUGGUAUUCAACUGCACUGUGAUUUAUAUUAUGUGAUAAGCUUAGAUAUGGACAAAAAAUACUUUAAGUAGAUAGGUACCUCCAAAAGUUUUGGAGAUGAACUGAAGUUAAAAACUCACAACAAACUGCCUAAUACCUGUGUAUAUCUAUAAAAAAGUAUGGUGUGGAAUGGUGCAUUUUUUGUAGUGUAAUUUGUUUAUUCAAAUGAAAAAUAGUCUUAAACUUAUGAUACCGAUUCUUAUCGACAUCUUAUCAAAUUACAAAAAGGUUCCAUUUGACAUGAGAGGGUAUACUGCCUGUUUAAUUAUAAUGUUGACUACUUAAAGAGGCCGUGCAGUGAAAGUCUUGUGGUAUCUGAAUUACCUAGUACUAAUAGUAUUGUGUUAAGAUUAAUGACAUAAUGUGUUUCUUUGUGUAUUUACAAAUGAGUGUUAUAAUGUGUAUAUCAUUAUCAGAAAAUUUUCCUUCAUUUCUAAAUAAAUAUUUUCUUCACUUCUUCAAUAUGAAGCACGCAAUUACAUAA